CCUCUCAAUCCCCGCGAGCCGCGCCGUCUCUAGGGUUUACUCGCUCGCAGCCGCCGCCGCUCCCACCGCGCGCAGCAGAAGCAGAAGCGGCGCGUUGCUCUCUCGACCCCGGCCAUGGCGGAGGUGGUGGAGCAGCAGCAGCAGCAGGACGUGAAGCUCUUCAACCGCUGGACUUUCGAGGAUGUCCAGGUGAACGACAUCUCGCUGGCCGACUACCUGGCGGUGUCGUCGACGAAGCACGCGACGUACCUGCCGCACACGGCCGGACGGUACUCGAAGAAGCGGUUCCGCAAGGCGCAGUGUCCCAUUGUGGAGCGCCUCACCAACUCCCUCAUGAUGCACGGGCGCAACAACGGCAAGAAGAUCUUGGCUGUGCGCAUUAUUAAGCACACCAUGGAGAUCAUCCACCUCCUCACCGACGCCAACCCCAUCCAGGUGAUCGUGGACGCGAUCAUCAACAGCGGGCCACGUGAGGACGCCACCCGUAUUGGUUCUGCUGGUGUUGUGAGGAGGCAGGCUGUGGAUAUCUCGCCCUUGAGAAGGGUGAACCAGGCCAUCUACCUCCUCACCACUGGUGCCAGGGAGAGUGCUUUCAGGAACAUCAAGACCAUUGCCGAGUGCCUUGCAGAUGAGUUGAUCAACGCUGCCAAGGGCUCAUCCAACAGCUAUGCCAUUAAGAAGAAGGAUGAGAUUGAGCGUGUUGCAAAGGCGAACCGUUGAGUGGAGCUUGCGUCCCGGUGCACUGGAGCUCUUGGAAUAUUGAUGGCAGGAAUUUUUGUUCUGUUUCCUGAUUUUUAGACUUUUGAGACUUUGUUGUGGUUUUACUUCGAAUGAACAAUGAAAAUUAUCCACAAGAUUUAGUUGUGCGUUUGGGAUUUGAAAUGCCAGGUGCCUGAUUUAUCGAACACAAUUCUUGUU